AAAAUGGAUGUUGCCACGAAAUUCCAGAUAUAGAAAAGGCAUCUCCUAGGUCUAUAUAAAGAACCCUAAUGCUUGUGAGUGAAAAUUACCUUCACUCUCAAAACCAACUCCUAAGCCUUAUUCAUUUUUAUGAACAUGGCUCCCUUAACUAGCAUUAGUCCUAGUACUUCUUUCAUGGCUGCCGCCUUGCUUCUUAUUGGAUCAAUAUUCAUUUCGAACCUUGAAAUAACAGGUGCAGGGCCAGUCGGUGUAUGCUACGGAAUGAUGGGCAACAAUCUCCCACCAGCAUCAGACGUCGUAGCUCUCUACAAACAACACAGAAUCGCACGGAUGAGAAUCUACGAUCCAGAUCAAAGGGCCCUACAAGCACUGAGAGGAUCCAACAUUGAGCUCAUGAUAGGGGUCCCAAACGGAGAUCUCCAAAGUCUGUCUAACCCUUCAAAUGCUAAUUCUUGGGUUCAAAGAAAUAUAAAGAGUUAUUGGCCGGACGUUAAGUUCCGUUACAUAGCCGUUGGAAAUGAAGUUAGCCCUAAUUCCGGGACUGCACACUUUGUUCUUCCUGCCAUGAGGAACGUUUACAAUGCCCUUGCUUCAGCCGGUCUUAGCCAAAUCAAGGUCUCAACUGCAAUUGACACGACCCUCAUCGGGACAUCCUACCCUCCAUCCCAAGGUAAUUUCAGAGACGACUACCGGUGGUAUUUGGACCCGAUUAUCUGGUUCUUGAGCGACGCUAAGUCCCCAGUGCUCGCCAACAUCUACCCUUAUUUUGCCCACACAGGCAACCCCGGUUCCAUCUCGCUCGAGUAUGCCUUGUUCAGAUCCUCAUCAGUGGUCGUGUGGGAUGGCAGUCGUGGGUACCAAAACCUAUUUGACGCCAUGCUUGAUAGUCUGAUCGCCGCGCUGGGGAGGGCUUGGGGUGGCCACCUAGAGGUGGUGAUAUCCGAGACUGGGUGGCCAUCGGCAGGUGGGGCCGCGACUUCAGUGGAUAAUGCGGCCACUUACGUCGAUAACAUGAUUCGACAUGCGAAAAAAGGAACUCCCAUGAGGCCCAACAAGGCCAUUGAGACUUACAUAUUUGCCAUGUUUGAUGAGAACAACAAAGAGCCUGCAUACGAAAAACAUUUCGGACAAUUCUACCCUAAUAAACAAGCGAAAUGGCCACUCGAUUUCUCUGGCGAAAGGAUUUGGGAUAUCUCUGCUGAAAAUAACACUUCAGUUUAUCUGAGCAGCGACAUGUAAUUUCUUUUUUUGUUUUGAAAGUGUUUUUAAUAAGAGACUCAAUUAAUAACAUGUGUGUGUUUUGAUACUGCGAUGUAAUAUUAACUAGUGAUUUGAAGGCAAAUGUACCAUGUUGCAGUAAUUUUUCAUGUACUUGUUGCAGUGUAAUUUCUAAAUAAAGUGAUCGCCUAAUGUUAUGAUUC